AUGGAAUACCUUUCUUUGUGCAUACAAGACUGGGCACAAGACGCCAGUAUACUCAGGAGUUAUCCUCAAAUUCCGAAGGUAUGCAAGACAGACCAUGAACUGGCUUUGCCUCACCGAGAUUUGACAGUAAGGUUUGCGGCGCUUCACAGGACGAUCCCAUUGCCGCCUCAAUCCGAGUCGAAGCUCGAGGCACACCACUAUCAUCGAUCUUCGUCCAGCAGCCGCUCUGCAAAGACUCCGCCAAUGAAUCCAUCACGGAUAUUCCGACCUCGAAUAUCGAGCGCCUCACGCAGCGAUGUACGCUGGACAGCAGGGCGCCGCACGUCAUAUCUUCUAGAUGGAUCCGGAGCAUCUACAACGUCGGAACCGGCUUUUACCAGGUGAUGGUCGAGAUGUGUCGUCCCAAGCAAGUGUCCCAAAUGUUCCGUUGGACUCUGAACGAGGGCUAA